GGGGAGUUCGUCUUCCUGAUCUUCGUGGCCAUCAUGAUAGCUUGCUUGAUCUUUAUUUUUUUCAGGCUUCCAGAAACAAAAAAUAAAUCUUUUGACGAAAUUGCUAAUCAGUUUAGAAAAUUAACGGGAAACGAUUGUAUUGAAACAACCAUCAAAGUAGAUUGCUAA